AUGUCAUCUGCAACGCCCUUCCUCUCCACCCCGGCGGAGAAUCAGUCCAGGCAACAACAGUUCUCGUUAGCGCUGCUUGCAAUCUGCUUCACAAUGACGGAACCAGUGCAUGGGGCCAAAAGCAGCCUCCUCUUCGAGCUGUACUCAGCCUUUGUUUACCUCACCUUCUCGGCGGCGGUGGUCCUCUCCGUUCUCUCCCUCCGCCCCUCUGGAGGAGGAGCUGCUCCGGUGACGGCCUUGAUACAAAAGUGUGGGCAACCCGCCGCCCUCGUUUCGGCUUCGGCGGCUUUUGUCCUCAGGUCUUGCCUUGACCUUCCUCUUCCCUUGCUACUCCGCAUCUGGUUUCUCCCCAUGGCGGUCGCUGUCGCGCUCCUCCUCUUCCUCGUGUGGAAGAGGUGGAAGGUUCGCUCCGCCGUCCAAAAUCCCCCCCGUCACCGGUGCCACCAAGAACCCAACCCAGCGCCUUUCCCGCUGCCGGACCUAGGGACAGAGCCUUCAGAUGUCGUGUGAUUCCCUCAUGCAGUCCCUUCUAUUCGACGAGCAAUAAUUGUAAUUUCUCUCUUUGUGAGAUUACUGUGCACGCGGUAGAUUCAAGGCCCCAUUUUCUUCAUUCUUCAGUGACUUCUGCCGCGACACGAUCGUCCGGACUAAAUUAAGUAAUUAGUACAGGCAUUUCAAAGACAAGUAAAAAAAGUAUAGCCUCUCUAACCAAAUCUUUUAGAGAACAAGGGCCGUACCAUAGAAUUUUCACGUAUGGAGCUAGCUAGUCCUAACGCCCCUGCUUUGACUUUAGCAUAAUUUUUUGAAAAAAAAACCCGAAUCCAACGCACCUUACCUCGCACCACAGAUUUUUUUUAAAAAAACGGUUUCUUCAUUCUAGUUUUUCUCAUGCCAAUUGACUUAUAAAUCAAUAAAUUAAUUUUUCUCUUGGUCCAUUGGGUUCCCAGAAAUGAUCCUCGGGGUUGGGACCUGCUAGCCCCAGAAGGCUCGAUCGUGUCCGAUCCUUCCGUUCCAACCGUCCUCUGUGAAAACCCUAUGGCAGUCCAGCGAAAUCCCUCCCCCACCCCCAGUGCCACGUAACCGAGUGGGCCACUGCCGCCGCAGCCUCGUCCGCCUCACGCGGCGAUGGCUCCCUCCACGACUCUCCGGAGUCCCCUCGACAACACCUGGGUCCGGUUUUCGUUGAACAAGGCCCGUCUAGGAUUCCUUACCGUCACAUCGGUCCUGGCAACCUACCGAGCCGGGAGCGAUCCAUGGAGGGCGUCCUUUGUUGUAUCUGCCUAUGCGAUCCUGACGCUGUUCUUUUGGUGCGUGGGAUCGUACGAGGCGGCGCCGGCGGAAAGAAGGGGACGCCUGAAGAUCAUCAUGUGUCCUUUCGACCUAAAAAAAAGGUAUAGCUUUUGUCCAUUGGGUUCCCAGAAAUAAAAUAAAUAAACAUAUGUCUGUGUGAACUCUUCACACGUGUUGACCUUAUCUUUAAAUGGUGUUUUAUCUCCUUGUGGCCAGCCCACACUUAACAAAAGUUUGGAAGAUAGCUGUCCAAGUAGGGUUCUCCUCUCUAGCUGGUUGUGCCAAGAUACAUCUCAUGAUACUGAGGCUCAAUUCUUCGGAAAAUGCAAGGGCUAACUCAAGGUUAGGAAUAUAGGCUUCCUCCUCCAUGUCAAGGGUCUUAGCUAACAGAUUGCCAAAAGGAGGAAGGGGAUGGUUGAGUUCAUCAAUGUAAAGACCACAUGUGGGACAUUAAGCUGUCAUAUGGCCAAAUCCUCGACAAUUAUAACAACUCGUUCAAGGGGUACUCAUAUGUGACUUAUCGAUAGGUCACUUGCCUUUGUUGGGCACUCCCAUAUUCGUAGGGCCUGUAGGGUGACGCCUGGAGGUAGGGGCUUGCACCAUACUAUGACCAGGUCUAGGUGAUUCUAUGGUAUGGGCUAGGGGUCGACUAGGCUGUAUCAAGGGAGUGGAUCGUGGGACGUAGGGUCGUGGAAAACCUAUAGGCCUCCUCCAAGAUAUGGACAUCCCUAACAAAAAGUUCUUUUCCUAAAUCCUCACGUAAUCCAAUGCGAAAGCGGGAAAGAGUAAAAAUAAGGUCUUCAUUCAGCCCACAUCUAAACAUACGAUCAUCAAAUUGGGCCACAUAUUCGGAAGCUGAUCAAGUACCUUGUACUAUGCGUUGCCACUUAUCUACUAAUUGGAACCGAUAAUUUGUUGGAAUAUAUUUCUCAUGAAGCCAAGUCUUGAUAGGGUCUAAGCCUCGACGCUCUAAUAGGCAAUCGAUUUCGGUCAAAAGGUCUUAACAGGUCCGGCAAGUUUAAGGUUGACCAAUCUAAUCUUUCUAGACUCAGACAUCUCGCACCAUGAGAAAUCUAAUAUUUCUAGACUCAGAUAUCUGGUACCACCCAACAAAGCAAUCAAUCACUGCCCCCUAAUCUAGAUAGUUUUUAAGGUUCUGAGAACCUUCAAAUGUGGGGACGUCAACCCAAAGAUGUUUGUUAGAAGUGUCAACAAAUGGGGGGUCAUUACGAUGGAAAGGAUCAUCAUGUUGGGAAAAGCAUUGAGCUCGAGGCCGCUCAAUGAGAUAAGAGGGUCGUUGCUUAAGAGAUGGGUCAGAGUCUCUCUUGGCCUCUAACCCGAUCAAUCUACGGUCCACACUAUCUAGUCUAGUGAGCAGUUUCGUAGCCCAGGGGGGUUCACCAUUUGCCAUAUCAGACAUGGGAUAAUCCUCCGCUCCUAGCUAUGCUCGCGUAGACAGAUGAUAUGUAGGGAAGUAUGUAUGUCUAGUUGGUAGAUGUUGAUGGGGCAUUAGUGGUCUAGGGAGACAAAUACAGAGAAUGGGACUCUACGACUUAAUGAAUGCUCAGAUACCAAAAUGAUGGGGAUGAUUAUGCGGGCGUAG